CGUGUCUCCUGUUGCUCUCAUGUUUUUUUUCUUCGUUUUUUUUCCUCCCUUCAUUUUAUUGCGAGAACAACGCUUUAGAGACUCAACAAUAAAGUCCCAUUUUCAAGCUCGGAUCGUCCACUGAGUUAUCAAAGGUGAUCUUAAGUAGCCAUGGCUCGUACCAAGCAGACUGCCCGUAAGUCCACUGGAGGCAAAGCCCCACGUAAACAGCUGGCCACAAAGGCUGCUCGUAAGAGCGCCCCGUCCACUGGUGGAGUCAAGAAGCCUCAUCGUUACAGGCCUGGUACCGUGGCUCUGCGUGAGAUCCGUCGUUAUCAGAAGUCCACUGAGCUGCUGAUCCGCAAGCUGCCCUUCCAGCGCCUGGUGAGAGAAAUCGCCCAGGAUUUCAAGACUGAUCUGCGUUUCCAGAGCGCAGCCAUCGGAGCUCUGCAGGAGGCCAGCGAGGCCUACCUGGUCGGCCUGUUUGAGGACACCAACCUGUGCGCCAUCCACGCCAAGCGCGUCACCAUCAUGCCUAAAGACAUCCAGCUGGCACGUCGUAUCCGCGGGGAGCGUGCUUAAAACAUUUUUUAAAUUUGUUGUAUGCUAUUCUCUUGUCUGUCCAGCACUCUUUACUUCCUCUAUACUUAGUUAGUAGUUUGGGUUGAGGUUCUAUAUCUAUCAUCUGAUCGUGAUAACCGUAAAUUGUGUGAUCAUGUCCACUUUGGUGCUACUAGAAGCGAAGUUUCCUUAGAAAUAUCAUAUCAGUCACACUCCUCACUCUCUAGCUCAGAGGGGACGCCUUCUCUUCACGAGGAGGUUGUCUGUGCAAGUUAAGAAAGAUGGUGCGUGAGAUGAAUUUGACAUAGGACACAGCCUUUAGGUUGAGACAUUUCCACCUUAUGUGAGACGUAUACAUCGAUUAAACUGAUUAAACAGUCUUGUUCUAUUUUUUCAAAUAGAUAUUUGUUGUAAAAGUAGUGGUUAUUUUUUUUAAUUAUUAUCACAAUAAUGGUGUAUUUCUACUGUUACUGUUUAAUGUGUCCAAAAUCUAAAGUUUGAUUCUGGUUGUCAGGAAGAAACGUCAUCGUGCUUUGAUGACUCUGCAGUUUUUGUCUGACUUUACGCGGCGUAUAUGUAGCAGACCUAUGUUGAACAUACUUUGAUUUCCAGCCACGUAACUUUGUCAAGGUCACGUUUGACUUUUCGUUCCUCUCUCAGGUUGAUAUGACCGCUUUUGUUUUCUACUGUGUGUUUUGGUUUUGUUUUCAGGCAUUUUUUUUUAAAAAGCUAAAUAUUUGUACUCCUGAAUUCACAGACAAAAAUAAUAAAUGGAUCCUCGUGGUUGAAUAAA